AUGAAUUUAAAGUGUCUUAUGGAAACUCUUAGAGAUUAUUUACACGACCAUUUGAAUAGGACUCUAUCGCCGCGAGCGACGGUCGCUAUCAUAUCUGUUAUAAGCUUGGUGGCAAGUUUCGCGGACUUUGUGACGUGUCAAAUGAUCCCAAAGGAUGCGUGUCCGUCGUGCAGGAGUAACUACGUACUGCGGCUGCGCGCUAACAUCUACUGUCUCAGGAGUCUGUUACUCAAGCUGUUCCAAGUUGCCAAUUUAAUACUGUUGCUUGGUUGUAUUAUUGAGAAUUCAAUAAUGAUGCAGCUGUACAUCUGGUAUACGCUGUCAUUCGUUGUUUUCGGCUUCGUUGUGACGCUCGUGGAAUUCCUGAGCCGUAUCAAACGCGAACAAAUCUGGACUUUCAUGGCCCUAUUUGCAGACGUCUUGUAUUUAUUUGUUAUUUUCUGGUGUCUACCGAUAAUAGAUACUUACAGGAAAUCGUUGAAAGGCGAUCAUCCACUGAAAUAGGUAGGUAUAAUUUACGAGCAAAGGAAGAUCG